AUGGCUAACCGUACACGGCUGGCAGAGGCAGCCAUCCCAAGAGUCAGAACGAGCAGCUGGGCCGCGCAAGGGAACAGUGACCACGUCAAGGCGUCGUCGUCAAGCGGGACCAGAGGGCCGCAACACGCACCACGAGUCCACCGUGCCCCUGCCAGCCCCACCAGGAACUGGUGCGCCUACAUAGUGAACAGGAACGUCAGCUGCUCGGUGCUGGACGGGACGGAGAGCUACGUCCAGGCCCAGUACAAGUGUGCCUGGAACCAGUUCCCCUGCCAGCCCACCCCAGUAUACCGAACAAGUUUCAGACCUCGGUACACAGUUGCAUAUAAGACAGUAACAGAGCUGGAGUGGAGAUGUUGUCCUGGGUACAAAGGGGAAGACUGCAAAGAAGGCCCAGCAGAAAAGCCAAACACUGCUCGUCGUCCCACAACACCAGCGAAAGCUGUUGUGAAGAAAGGCUUGGAUGCAGAACCAACAGAAGAGCCAGAACCUCCACCAUAUGAGAAGAAAAUGCAAUUUCUUGAGGAUGAAUUGUUUAGACUUACACGAUCAGUGCUUGAACUUCAGUCCUCUGUGGCAGGUGUGAAUGAAAACCUAAAACUGACUGUCCAAGAAGAUGCUAGUAAGAUGUUGGUCACUUGGUUGAACAAUCUUUAUGACCGCCCAGAGCCUGAUAGUGCAGUUGGUGGUGAAACAGACACUAUUCAUCUGCCCGGACUCCUCAGCAGUAAAGAUCAGAAAGACCCUUUUAUUGAUUUUGAAAUGGAAGAUAUAAAGUCUGAGCUAGCUGAAGUCAAAGAAGCCUUGAAGAUGAGGAAUGACAAACUGGAGGAACUGAAUGGAAAAGUCAAAGGUUAUGAAGGACAAUUAAAACAGCUGCAGGAGGCAGCACAAGGGCCUACAGUAACAAUGCCCAGUGACAAUAUAUAUCAGGAGUAUAUAGACUCAAAAUUUGAGUCCCUUAGACAGGAAAUACUGGAAGGAUUUGAAAAGAAAAUGGCAGAUCUGAAGAGCUCCUGUGAAUACAAACUACAGGAUAUCCAGCAGCAGUGUGAUGACAAUGAAAAUACCUGUUUAGGAAUAAUUGAUGUUAUAAAAGGAAAACAGAAUGACUUGAGGAAGGAAAUAAAUACUCUCCUAACUCAGAUUCCAUCAAAUAAGUCCAUUUGUUGCAGUGAGGGUGAGAGAAAUGACUUUGACCAACAAAUAAAAGAUUUAGAUAAGAAGAUUGACAGAGUUGCAGAAGCACACAGGAUCUUGAACGUCAGAAUAGAUAAUGAAAUUAUUCGAUUGUCAACUCCAGAUCUAGAAGACAUGUUUGGUGAGAGGUUGGAGGAGCUAGAUGCGAGGAUGAAUGUUACAGAACGAAAUGCUGAAGAACAUUGCUUUUACGUUGAGGAAACCCUCCGCGGUGCUAUAGCCUCUGAGGUAGAUGAAUUGAGAGACUUGUUUGACCAUAAACUGCGGUCCCUAGAAGAUAGGCUAGGUGGCACUAUUUUAGAGAUUGCUAAUACCACAGACCCAGAUGGAAUGUAUAUUAAUCCUGGGCCCAUCUUUCCCAGUGAUGCAGGAUUUGCAAAUGAGCAAUUCACAGCAGAGAUUAAUUUCCUGAAGAACAAACUGCUGUCGCUUGAACACCAAUGCGGGCAAAAGUGUCAGUCUGUACCACAAGGUAGGGAGGACCUUCAGAAAGAGCUGGAAAAUUGUAACAACAGAUACAAUCACUUGCUUUUUAAAACAGAUAAUAACUCUGUUCUUCUGCAGUCUCUAAAUAGCUCUCUUAAUGAGAAACUCAACUUAAUUAAGGGUAACCAACGUGACAUCCAGAAAAUGCAGAGAGACAUACGUGUAUUCCGGUAUAGUCUAAAUGUUAUGGAUAAAGAUAUGAAAAAUCUUCAGGAAGGCUUGAGUAGCUGCAGGGAGCAGCUUCUGGGUGUCAAUUCGACCUGUAGAAAAACACAGCGAGGUGUCUUCCGAAAAAUUGAUCAAAUGCAGAGGACAUUUGCAAAUCAAACUGCUCAUCCCAGUGAUAAUUGCUGUGGUGAAGUGAAAGAGAGACUAGAACACUUGAAUGACCAUAUCCUGAAUGAUCUUAGCAAGUGCAAAGAAAAGACCCAAGGUAUCCAGGAGGGUGUUUCAGAUAUUGAGAGCAGAGUCUCACAUGUUGAAAACGUUUGCAGCAAGCUGGACUCUGUCUCAGGUAGCUUGCAGAAGAUAAAGGAAGGUCUGAAUAAGCACGUAAGCAGCUUAUGGAACUGCAUCCGUGAAAUGAAUGGAACUAUAGCAUCUCAUUCCACUGAUAUUUCUGGCCUCAAAAAUUCUGUCCAACAUUUCAAUAGUCAGGUCUCCAAAAUCACCACAGACAUUGAAGGCAUGCUGAAAUCCCAGCCUGACACAAGGCGAUCAGAAGUACCACAGCAGCCGUUGCCACCAAGACCACCUCUGCAGCCCCACCCUGGCAUAUCCCUGCUGCCAUCAAGGCCGAGGAUACAACCGCCACGACAGAGGACCCCCCUGCAGCCACUGCAGCCAAGACCUCUUCCACGUCCAGCACUGCCAGGGUCAGGAGUUGCGCCAUUUCUGCCUGGAACAACCGGGAUCAUCUUGGAGACUGGAGAAGCAGGGCCUCCUGGAACUGUUUUAAUGUCAGGAAGAGGGCGGCUUAGGAGUGUGGAUGGUCAGGCUGGGCAAAGUACCAUGCCCAUCGCUGAAGGGUUUGCCGGAGCACCAGGAUAUCCAAAGUUAUCUCCUCCUACCACAGACUCACAAGGACCUGCUGCCGCCGCGGCCUCUCUGGUGUCAUUUUCUGCUGGGCUCACACAGAAGCCUUUCUCCAGUGACGUUGGUGUCGUUCACUUUAACAAAGUGCUUGUGAAUGAUGGGGACUAUUAUAACCCUGAUACAGGCAUUUUCACGUCACCGUAUGAAGGGCGCUACCUGAUCACUGCUGUGCUGGCCCCAGAGAGGGACGAGUAUGUAGAAGCAGUGCUGUCUGUUUCCAACGCAAGCGUGGCUCAGCUCCACACAGCUGGGUACAGGAGAGAACUGCUGGAGUAUCACAAACCCUACUCGGGGAAACGGACCUGUGGUGGUCCCGGGACGUUCCACCUUGUUCUUCACCUCAAAGCAGGAGAUGAAGUAAAUGUCGUCGUAACAGGAGGCAAACUGGCCUACACAGACUCUGACGAAAUGUACUCCACGUUUAGUGGAGUUCUCCUUUAUCCUUCCAUUUCUCAUGUUUAGGUUUACCUUGAACAGGAGAGAAGGGUAAGAUAUUCAGAAGAAAUUAAGUGUAAUAAAAUUUAAAGCUUUAAUAUAUUCAGUUUAUAUAUUUGAUUUCAGUGAUGGGUUUAUAGUCUGUACUGAGACCUUUUCCUUGUCCCCUGCUUCCAGAGGUAGCUACAAAAGACAUGUUUCUGUAGCUAAAAUAACUCCUUCCCAAGCCCUUGUUUACUUGUACAAGCAGAACAACUCUUAAACAACAAAUAUGUUCUCAAUAGAUACUUUUCCACUGUGUUCUUGCUAUUCCCUAUUAAAUUGCCUUUGCAGUCUUCUCCCUAGUUUAUCAAAUUGUCCCUAGUCUGUCAAAGUUUACAUCUUCACUGAAGUUUACAGUUGUCGUCACCUAUUUUCAUGUUUUCAGUAAAGUAGGGGUCAAGAAGGCGAGGUUGUAUUGGACAUGGUUGAUGACUUCUUAGUCCUCGUGUUACUUAACAAGUUGGGUCAAGUGCAUUUGCACAGUUUGUUCAAAGCAAUUGCUCACUAUGGUGGUGCAAAGCAAAACGAUACUUAUCUGCAUCAGUUUUCUUUCUUCGCUUAAGGGCCAAACAGUGCUAAGAGACAAAGAUGAGUGACUCAUUCCAGUCAAAUGGAAGCAGCUGUGCAGGCAGAAACUUAACCUUGCCACAGCUUUCCACUAGGCAGACAUGAGUGUAAGGUGCAGUUGCUACUAUGGAAAGAUUUAGAACAGUUAUUUUCAAUUGAUAACAGUAAAAAAGAUGAUCACUUAAGCAUGAUGCCCUUGAGAUUAAAGCUUGAUGUUUGAAAUGAGUAAAACGGGUCAGAAAAAUCUCAACUGUCUGUGCUUAGCUAGAACAACUGUAAUUUUGAAGUUCAAAAAAUUUUCCAAAGUUUGUUUCUGGCAGUCCUACAGUAUUUGCAUUAAAAAGGAAAUUUUGUCUUUGUUGCACUGUAGAAAACAAAUCAGAGAAAAAAUUGUUGAUAAUAGGAAAAUAUUAUUAGCCAGUACUGUCAAACAUACAAACCAACCAUCUGCACUGUGCUGUAACAGCCUCCUGCAGUUUGAGUGCUUUUGAGUGAGGUUUGUUUUAAUAUUCAGCAUCUGUUUAUAUAGAUGAAGCAACUAGCUUAAACAGUUAAACACAUUUGGAGCAACAGUAUUUUAUUUCUCAUUCUAGCCACUUCUUAGUGGAGGUAACAAAAAUGAUGUUUUGGCUCUUUGGAGUUAGCAUUUUUAUCUCUUUCAUGGCUGAAAACAAAAUCCACUGAGAGCAGUGCUAUUACACUGUCAUCUAUAGCUUCUUAUAUAAACUUACCUUUUUAAUCGUCUGUUCACGCCUCGUAGAGUUGUAUUUAUCAUAGUGGUUUGUGUAGUGUGUUUUCCUUCUUACAAAUGCAGAACAGCUGUUUAUAGCCUCAGAACAAACAAUUCCUUUAGGUGAAGGAAGAAUUCCCUGUGCUGUAAGCAGCACAGUGUGGUUUAGCUGAAGCCCUUCCCAUCUGAGGAGGUCAGAUGAAAAUUUAUGCUUUUGCUGGUUUUGGAAUAGAUACUCACUAAUAACUCUGUUUCCAGGCAAUGAGAUGGGGCCUUCCCACAACAAACUUGCAUCCUGGAAGUUGAACUGCUUGUGAGAAAAGCAGGCAAAAAAAGCUUUCUCUGCACAGAGGAACUCUUGAGUCAAUCCCUGUGCUAGAAUUGUGAGCACAGGAAGGAAAUUGAGUGGAGUUUUAAAGCACCUGGUUUAGGAAGAUCUCUUGGUACCUCAUUUUCAGAAAUGAUCGUGUUACUGAUAUGCAGAAGCCAGGACUGGAUGUGUUUUGUAGCAGGAAGGCUGUUUCUCUGAACAGCUGUUAGUCAGUAGCCAAAGAUGUACAGUGAACUUGCAUUUCACAGCUCGAUAAAGGGAGCCACCCCCCGUCUCAUUUCCCUGUAUAUUUGUCUUGAGCUGUGCUGGAGUGUGAUGCGUUAGCAUGCAGUUAGCAACCACAUACUUUUUCAAGGGGGCUUAGUUCAUAGCCCCUUUCUGUCCCAUGCCUUUCUAGGUCUCAAAAUUGAAGGGGCAGAGAGGAAAGAUUGUUUCUGUGUUUUCAACAGCCAAUUACAUCAACCACUUUUUUUAAAACAUGAUUUCUUAUGUAUAAAAGCCAGAGAGGCACUUUUCCUUUUAGGAUAUUUUUCACUUACCUCAAGAAAGCUGUGUUCUCUAAGAAGUUGGCUCCAGACUAUGUGUGACUCAAGUAUUGUUAGAUUAUUGUUGCCUGUUCUAAAAAUGACUCAUGGAAACAAACAAAAUGAGAUGAGUGCUUAGGGAGACCUAUCUGGCAAACACAACGGGUUUGGGUUUUUUUCCCCCUCCAAGUGAGACAUUUUUAAGAAUUGGCAGUGCAAGUUUAGUGCUAGAGUUGCAAAAAUUGUAUCAUCUAAUUCUUACCUAACCGCUCCGGUAGAUUUCAAAAUCUAAUCCACAGAUCUUCACAUGCCCAGUUCCACUAAUGGGACGGGGUCAUCUUCUACCAGAAAGCCUCUCCUUGCACCCAGGAGCUGCUGCCGAUGCUGAGAUUGUACAAGCCCUCACAGCGCAGCAGCGUAACUGAUGUUUGUACACAGGUAUAAAGCAUUUUCUAAACUAUGUCACAGCAGGGCCCAGUCUCAGCGGCAUAUUUUGAGGACACUUUUUAGAGCUUUUAGGGAUAGUUUCCCAUCCACAAUCUCUAGCAGUGCAGUGGCUAAAGCUAUGACCUUUGACAAGAAACCUCUGUCUUAGAUUCCUGCCUUUGUUGAGGGAGACUUGACCCUUAAUUUCCACUUCCUUGGUAAUUGCUGUAAUCAGGGUAGGUGGCUCAGUUCCUCCUGAGGAGGAUAUUUUCCUGGAGCUUACAAGGUGGAAUAUUCACCCAGCUGGGAAGACCACAAUGCUGUAGUCCCUGAAUAGCAAAGGGAAGAAAGAACCUGAGUUCCAGUCUCUGCUCCAGUGAGUGCUUAGGUAAAACAUUCAUUAAAGCAGCAGCUGGAAUAAAUGCAAGCACAGAUGCAUUCAUGGGCCUGCUGAGGAUUUGCUCCACAGAGAACAGCCCAGCUUCAAAGGAAAGAGCCAGAUCCCUGCUCCAGAAUACCCUGAACCCACUGACAGCACCUUUACAUCUUUGGUGAGAAUCAGCAACAGAACAAGGAAAUACCUGCACUGAAAGGAACAUUUCACACUGUGGGUCCAUGAUUUGACUACCCCACCCAAGGGCAUUCACAAGCUCAAAUAGGAAGCAUCCAUUAACCAAGAAAGCCUUAACAAAAAUAAAAAUGUUGUAGGUGGGAGCUCUAAGGCAGGUAUGCUGCCUGUUUCAUAAAUCACAGUGCUGCCUUUUAGAUCUGCUUUGUAGUUAGCUUUGUAAUAGAGUGUAUGAGGAUUGCAAGAUUCUUAGGCAAAACAGUAUCUGUUGUGCCAGGUGCUCCCAUUUGACAUCAAAACAGGAAGAAAACCAAACCAUACCAGGUGAAGCUGUACAGAUAUGUGUCUGGCAGCCCCUUAGCCAGGCACCAGGCACAGUGGUUUCUCAGGGACUGUCCACGUAUCAAAACCAGAGGGGUAGCCAAGGCAGCAUCACUUGUCAGACAGACACACUCCCAUAGCCUGGUCAUUAGCAGCAGAACACCUGACGACAAGCCAGCGUGCCAGCAGCCGGAGAGACUGCUCUGGCCAAACAUGGAAAGUGUAUCCUAGAGCAGGUAUGAAGAAAGGCAACAAAGCAACAUAGCCUUAUCCCCAGGAAAGCUUGGAGCAGAACAGAAAUGCCAAUUUUCCCCACAAAACAUGUAAAAAAAACUACCUCAUUAUUUUAAUUUGCUAUUAAGACUUCAGAGACAGUAGAGACAUGUCUAUACUGACCACUCAAAGCAAUGGGGAUUUUCUGUGCUAUUCCACCUUUGAAUGUACACCAGGUUACUUGCAGCAAUUUUGUGCAUUUUUUUCUGAGACUAGUCAGCUUGGUGAAGCCAACCAGCUAUUCAAGAAGAAUUAUAAAUAGUCAAAGAACUAGAACAAGCUAAGUGGAAAGCAUAGGAAGGCAACUUGAAACAAAAUGCCCAUUGCCACCCACUGCAGUUUUAAAAUGCACUGGGAAUGCAAGGUAAAGGGCUCCACAGCUGCAACCAAGAGAUUCAAAUCAGGAUUAAAUUGUUUCCCAAGGAUACAUCAUGCAUUUGGAAGUGUGUUUCAUCUACUGAGUAAGUAAAUCCUUAUGUUACAGCACAGUAGUGGAUACGGAUAUAUUCCACCAAAACUACAUUUACAGUCUCAGGUUGGAGACAGGAUGAAUGUGCGCUCCACUGAGAGCUGAUCAGCAGGUACGCUUUGGCUGCUAGUUGCUCCCAGAUAAUGGCACAGAGUUCAAAUUGUAAAGUUAGCAGGAAUACCUGGGGGCUGUGUCCUGUCAUCACAAGCCAGACUUGCACGUGAGCCAACAACCCUCUUGCAAUGUACCCUGCAGACUUGAGACGAGAUGCAGAACAGCUCUGCCAAUUCUUUGUAUAUGGGAGACUUCAAAGAACAUCUUGUAACAUGUUACUACAUAAGCAGGUUUUGGCAUUUAUCCAUUUCGCUGUCUUGAUUGUGAAAAAAAGGAACAUUACUAUAUUUUUCAGCAAAGAGCACAUUUGAGAGAAUGCUUUAUGACUGCAUGUGUAUACAUAUAUACAUGGAUAGUGAGAGAGGGACAUCCAGGAACAUGAAGAAAACUGUGAUGGAAAACAACUGCAGAUAUGUCCAAAUAAAGCCUACCUGUUGUGUGA